CAGCCAUGGAAGAGUUAAUAGUUGAGCUGCGCCUGUUUCUUGAACUUCUGGACCAUGAGUAUCUAACUUCCACUGUCAGGGAAAAGAAAGCAGUAAUAACUAACAUUCUCCUGAGGAUACAGUCAUCAAAAGGUUUUGAAGUAAAAGAACAUGUACAGAAGCAAGAAGUCCCCAACAGUUUGCCUGCACCUCCUCAGAUGCCUCUGCCAGAAAUACCUCAGCAGUGGCUGCCACCAGAUAAUGGGCCUCCACCAUUACCAACAUCUUCCCUUCCUGAAGGCUAUUAUGAAGAGGCAGUGCCACUUAGUCCUGGGAAGGCUCCUGAGUACAUCACUUCCAAUUAUGACUCAGAUGCUAUGAGCAGCUCUUAUGAAUCCUACGAUGAAGAGGAGGAGGAUGGAAAGGGAAAGAAAAUGAGGCAUCAGUGGCCUUCCGAGGAGGCCUCUAUGGAUCUGGUGAAGGAUGCCAAAAUCUGUGCCUUCCUCCUUAGAAAGAAACGAUUUGGGCAGUGGACCAAACUACUGUGUGUUAUCAAAGAAAACAAACUACUGUGUUACAAAAGUUCCAAGGACCAGCAGCCCCAGAUGGAGCUGCUCCUGAAUGACUGCAGUAUCACAUACAUUCCCAAGGACAGCAAAAAGAAGAAGCACGAGCUGAAAAUCUCACACCAAGGAGCGGAUGCCCUGGUUCUGGCAGUGCAGAGCAAGGAGCAGGCAGAACAGUGGCUAAAGGUUAUAAAAGAUGUGUGCAGCAACUGUACGGGAGCUGUGGACUCCGAUGGGCCAUUGUCUAGUUCUCCAGUACACAAGACAGAGCUGGAAAAGAAGUUGUCAUUUGAGAGGCCAAGCUCUGAUGGGGAGGGUGCUGUGGAAAAUGGCAUCACUACCGUGUGCAAUGGGAAAGAACAAGUGAAGAGGAAAAAAAGUGCAAAAUCAGAAGCCAAGGGCACUGUGACUAAGGUAACAGGGAAAAAAAUAACGAAGAUCAUUGGUUUAGGAAAGAAAAAGCCAUCAACAGAUGAACAGACCUCAUCAGCUGAAGAAGAUGUUCCAACAUGUGGAUAUCUCAACGUGCUCUCAAAUAACCGCUGGCGUGAGCGCUGGUGCAGAGUGAAAGAUAAUAAACUCAUUUUCCACAAGGACAGGACGGAUCUGAAGACACACAUUGUUUCUAUCCCUCUCCGUGGCUGUGAAGUCAUCCUGGGACUGGAUUCGAAGCACCCUCUGACCUUCCGCCUGCUCCGCAACGGGCAGGAGGUCGCUGUGCUCGAGGCCUCCUCCUCCGAAGACAUGGGCAGGUGGAUAGGAAUUCUGCUGGCAGAAACGGGCUCCUCGACAGACCCUGGCGCUCUGCACUAUGACUACAUCGACGUGGAAAUGACGGCGAGCGUCAUCCAGGCUGCAAAGCAGACCUUCUGUUUCAUGAACAGGCGAGUUGUGUCUACGAGCCCGUACCGGGGGAGCGCUGCCAACGGCUACGCCUGUCCGACGGGGAUGGCACUUCAUUAUGAUGAUGUUCCCUGCAUCAAUGGAGCGUGGGAACCAGAAGAUGGCUUUCCUUCUUCUCGUAGCAGGAACACUGGAGAAGAAAUGCUUUAUGAUAACGCAGGCCUGUACGAUAACUUGCCGUCUCCAAAAAUCUUUGCGCGCUAUCCACCAGCUGACAGAAAACCCAAUAGGUCAUCUACUGACAAACCCUCCUCUAACCAUUACAAACACCCUGUCUCAUCCAAUCUGUCUUCUGCUCAGUCUGUCACUAAUACCUCUGCUGUGGGGAGGGGAUCUGGCUCGCAGUUUAAAGGCAAGAAGCCUCCUGCAACUGCUAAUGGGAUCACUGGAAAAGGGAGAACUUUAAAUAGCCAGCCGAAGAAAUCUGAAUCGGUGUCAUGUGUGAAGCGCACCACGUCCAAUGCGGAGCAGUACAAGUACGGGAAGAAUCGCGUGGAAGCAGAUGCAAAGAGGUUACAAAGCAAAGAGGAGGAGCUGCUGAAGAGGAAAGAAGCACUCCGGAACAGGCUGGCCCAGCUCCGAAAAGAAAGGAAAGAUCUACGUGCUGCCAUUGAAGUAAAUGCUGGCAGGAAGACACAAGUGGUUCUUGAAGACAAGUUAAAGAAGUUGGAAGAAGAGUGUAAGCAGAAGGAGGCUGAGCGUGUAAACCUGGAACUAGAACUGACUGAGGUGAAGGAGAGCCUUAAGAAAGCCUUGGCUGGUGGCAUCACACUGGGCUUGGCUAUUGAGCCCAAGUCAGGAACAUCAAGCCCACAGUCUCCAAUCUUCAAGCACCGGACUUUGGAGAACUCGCCGAUCUCCAGCUGUGACACCAGUGACACGGAGUGCUCGCUACCUGUCAACAGCGCAGCCGCCCUCAAGCGACCUCCUUCCGCAAGCAGCUCUCCCUGUCGAGGCCACGUCCUCCGAAAAGCAAAGGAAUGGGAGAUGAAAAACGGAACAUAAAUAGAGCAAAACCACUCCAUUUCCAUAAAGGCCUUACCUAUUAUGGACCAAGAUGUAGGCUGCAAAAGACUCAUCAGAAAGGUGGUAUCAAGCGAUACAAAACAAGAGGUUUUAUAAUUCUGUUAAAUCGAUGGUAGCUUGGCGCUCAUUUGCCUGUAUUCCCUCCACUGUACUGCUGUGUAACUACGUGUGCCCCUUUUUAUUAACUGUCACUCUUUAUUCCUGACUUCACCGGUAAAGCAAAUGAAAACCAAAAACACCAAACCAACCAUAGUAAUUAAAAAGGAGCAUAAAGUCACAGUUGGAAGUUUACUUUGCUGAGGCAGCACAGACCAGCCACGUUAACUGUCUUGCACUAGAUGGCCUGGACACCACUGGAGACUGGUGCAUUAAGACCGAUGGGAGAUCCUAACUCUUGCAGUU